UAUAUGUAGCAUAGGCUACAUUAUACAUAUCCAUCAAUUACAGCAAUGGCUUCUGUGCCUCAAUCCAAAACUUCCCUUGUUAUCAUCUUCUUCUUCUCGUCCUUCACCAUCAUUCACGCCAUUGUUCCUCAAAAUGAGACCUUCAAAUUCGAAAACUCAGGUGAGUUUGGACCCUACAUUACCGAGUACGAUGCUAGUUACCGAAUGCUAAGCCUUUUCAGUUCUCCUUUCCAACUAGCAUUCUACAACACCACCCCAAAUGCCUUCACUCUAGCCCUGCGCAUGGGCCUUAGACGCUCAGAGCAACUUUUUCGCUGGGUGUGGGAGGCCAACAGAGGCAACCCAGUUGGAGAGAACGCCACUUUUUCACUUGGAACUGAUGGAAACCUGGUGUUGGCCGAAGCUGAUGGUAGAAUUGCUUGGCAAACCAACACUGCCAACAAGGGUGUUAUGGCCUUCAAGUUACUUCCAAACGGUAACAUGGUCCUCCUUGACGCACAAGGAAGGUUUGUCUGGCAAAGUUUCGACCACCCCACUGAUACCCUUUUGAUUGAUCAGUAUCUUAGAGCAAAAGGGCCAUCCAAGUUGGUGAGUAGGCUUUCAGAGAGGGACAAUCUAAACGGUCCUUAUAGUUUGAUUUUGGAACCUAAAAGGUUGGCCUUGUACUACAAGAGCAAGAAUUCUCCUAGACCUGUUCUUUAUUGGUACAGGCUCUUCACUCAACAAGGUUCAGUAGAAAAUAUCACUCUCACAUCUUAUCCAGACACCUUUGAAAUUGAAUUCACCUAUGCACUCAGUUCUUCCACCAGUGACUACAGAACCAUGGCAGAACCAUUGAACAACAUUCCCGUUGGAGUGAUGGGAAUGCCAGUGAACAACAGCACCUUGACAUACCUUAGGCUUGGAAUUGAUGGCAACAUUAGGCUGCACACUUACUUCGUCCAUGUGCGUUCUGGUGUUUGGGAAGUGACCUACACUCUCUUUGACAGAGAUUCUCACGAUGAGAGUGAGUGCCAAAGGCCUGAGAAGUGCGGGAAUCUUGGACUUUGUCAGAACGAUCAAUGUGUGGGUUGUCCAUUAGAAAAUGGAGUGUUUGGAUGGAGCAAGAACUGCAGUGGCAAGGCUGUGACAUCAUGCAAGGGAAGUGAUUUUCACUACUACAAAGUUGAAGGAGUUAGACAUUACAUGAGCAAAUACAGUGAAGGAGAUAAAGUGAGUGAAAGUAGUUGUGGAAAGAAAUGCACUAAGGAUUGCAAGUGUGUUGGGUAUUUCUACCACAGGGAGAACGCUAGGUGUUGGAUAGCUUAUGAUCUACAAACCCUUACAAGAGUCGCCAAUACCAAACAAGUCGGAUAUAUUAAGGUGCCUAAUUAGUAAAUAGAAAACCCUUGAUUUUGCUAAUAAUGCUUUUCGAAUAUUGCAUUCAAGUUAUGUUGUGUUAACUUUGUUUGUAUCCUCAUGUAGAGGAGAAUAACAUUAUAAUGAAGCUUUGAAACAAAUAGUACUCA